AUGUUUAGCUGCUUCUAUUUAAAAGACUAUGGAAAAAAUGGAGUCAACCGUCAGAGUGAAGCAGAGCUGCUCUUCCAGACUUUAGAAAGGACUUCUGUCUGGACUCACAGCGAGAGUGUUUCAAUGUCAGACUUAGAAGACGACAGCAGCGUUGAAUCUCGGCCAUGUUCUCCAUCCGGUGUCCUUUCGGCCAGACUGACGGUGGUGGUGGAGGACACUCACUUCUCCGAGGAGAAGACAUUGUUGGUGCAGAGUUGCGAUUAUUUCCGUGCGCUCUACCGCUCCGGGAUGAGGGAGUGUCGCCAGGAGGAGAUCCACCUGAAGUCUCUGCACGCCCGAGGCUUCUUCAUCGUCCUGGCGGUCUUACGAGGUGAGGCGCCCGGUUUGGACGCAGACGACAUCGUCGAAGCCAUCGAGUGCGCCGCUUUUCUGCAGGUGGCGCUGCUGACCAAGCACUUGGUCCGCCUCAUCGACUCGGACAACUGUUUGCUCAUGUUACACACGGCUGCCACCUUUGGCCUCUUGGACCUGUGCCACGCCGCCGCGCUGUACAUCCGAAAUAUGUACGCUGACCUGGAGGCCGAGGUCAGGAAGACCUUAUCGCCUGAGCUGAUUUCCUUCGUGGAGUCGCUGAGCCCGAGCGCUUUUGUGGCCGUCGGCGCCCAUGUGACCUGCGGCACGGGCGAAAGCGUUCACGCGGCCUCAAGAACUGUCUGUUACUUGGAUGAAACUGGGAACACCUGGAAAACUCUGACGGAUCUUCCGCUGGAGGCCAGCACCUCCAUGGCGGGUGUGGCCGUCUUGGACAACAAGCUCUACAUCGUAGGCGGCGUUCACGGCGUCCACAAAGAUGUUGUCGACGCCAGUUUCUGCUACGAUGUUUCCAAAAACAGCUGGAUGCAGCUCGCUGGUCCGAUCCAGCAGCGCUUCAACCUCAGUCUCCUGGGACAAGACGGCCUCUUGUACGCCAUUGGAGGAGAGUACAAUCGGGCAGUGAUGUCAUCAGUGGAGGUAUUUGAGGUCAGUACCGGCCAGUGGCGCUUUGCCGCUCACCUGCCUCGGCCGGCUGCAGGGGCGGCGUGCACCAAAACCAUGGGGAGGAUUUUUGUGUGCCUGUGGAGGCCCAUGGAGACCACAGAGGUCUACGAGUACGUCCCCAGCAUGGAUGAAUGGUGCCUGCUCACCAAGCUGAUCCGACGCCAGAGCUACGGCCACUGCAUGGUGGGCCACAGGGAUGACCUGUACGUGAUAAGGAACGGGCCGUCGGACGACUUCCUGAGGUGUAUGAUGGACUGCUACAACCUGAGCACCGGUCAGUGGACCGCUCUGCCGGGGCACUUCGCCAAUAGCAAGGGCUCGCUCUUCACCGCCGUGGUCCGAGGGGACUCGGUCUUCACGCUCAACAGAAGCUGCACUCUGGAGUACGUCGUCAGCGGGAAAACGUGGAAACCCAGACGCCAGAUGAAAGGUUUCCCGCGAAGUGGAUCAGUGUGGACGUUCCUGCUACAGAUCCCAAAUGAUCUAAAUGACUAA